UAUAUUUGAGAGAGUACGUGGCGAAUAGUCUGAAAACGAGUUUGGAAUUCCCUGAUCAAGGGAUUUCCCGGUGUAGACAUACAUUUUACCUGAAAAUGAAUGUCAUGCGACAGUACUGCAAACGUCAGAUAUUUAGCCUUUUGAGACACUGUAGUCUGACGUGCAGUCAACGUAGAUUAUGUUCAAGAGAGAACUCCGGAAAGUUGCUGUCACAACUGCAGGCUAAGAUCAGAUUUAGUGGUCCAAUAACUGUUGCUGAUUAUAUGAAAGAAGCACUAACACAUGCAACUGAGGGUUACUAUAUCCACAGAGAUGUGUUUGGACAAAAGGGAGACUUUACCACUUCACCAGAAAUUAGCCAAAUGUUUGGAGAGUUACUUGCUAUCUGGUUUGUGAUGGAAUGGAAGAUGGCUGGUUCCCCUGAUAAUGUGCAGUUAGUAGAACUUGGUCCUGGAAGGGGAACCAUGGCAGAUGACAUGUUGAGGGCAAUUAUAAAUUUCCCUGACCUGAGGAAAGCUCUGUCAUUACAUUUGGUAGAGGUCAGUGAGAAAUUGAGUGAAAUGCAAGAAGAGAAAUUGACUUGCUCAAACAGUUCAACAAAAACAUCUACAGAUGGUUCUUCACAUUAUAAAACUUGUGUUUCUAAGCAUGGUCCUAGUGUUUACUGGUAUAGGGAUAUAGAUGAGAUACCUGCUGGCUUCACCAUGUUUGUUGCUCAUGAAUUCUUUGAUGCUUUACCAAUACAUAUAUUUCAAAAAACAGACAAGGGUUGGAGGGAAGUUUUAGUUGAUACAGAUCCAACAGCAGACGAUAAUUUAAGGUUUGUGUUGUCACCCACAGAGACUGCUGCUUCAAGGAUUUAUCUUAAGGUUGAGCCUGGUGAUAACAGAGAACAUAUUGAAGUGUGUCCCAGUGCUGGUGUUACUGUACAAUACCUAGCUGACAGAAUAAACAGUCAAGGCGGUUGUGCAUUGAUAGCAGACUAUGGACAUAAUGGGACUAAAGAAGACACUUUUAGGGGAUUUCGAGACCACCAGUUGCAUGAUGUUCUGGUUGACCCUGGUUCUGCAGAUCUCACAGCAGAUGUAGACUUUUCCUACCUCAGGAAACAGGCAGGGGACAAUGUGAAAUCAUUUGGACCUGUAACACAGUCACAUUUCUUACAGCAGUUGGGUAUAGCCUACAGAUUAAAGAUAUUAUAUGAGAAAGCUGAUGCUGAAGGAAGGAAAGACCUCAUAUCUGCUUUUAAAAUGUUAACUAGUCCAGAAGAAAUGGGAGAAAGAUUUAAAUUUCUUGCAAUCUUAAAUAAAAACAGUUCUCAUGAUCCCGUUGGAUUUGAUCCACCGCCAGAAGAACAGUGAUUACACAUCUAUUUUUAGAUAUUUGUUCCUAUGGGUCUAACCUGAUUUUGUAUUGGUGUAUCAGUUUUGAAAUGGCAGUCUGUUAGCCUUAGAUCUAAAUUGUGUACUUGUGUACAUUGAUAGUUUUCCGCAAAACCUCUAACAGCUUCCCCACAUGAAUAAGAGGUGGAGGAUACAGUGGUUAUACUGACUGUGAUAUUAGGAGUCAUGAGUUUGAUGUGCACGCCUUUAACUAAAAGUAACUUACAUACUGAUAACAGACCUGCAUAUGAGUGUUUUACAUCUGGUAUGCUAAAGAACGAGGGAAGUUUCUGAAUUUGGAACAUCUUCUAUGGCUGAUAUAAGUAUGUUUACACAAAUGUAGGGUGGAUAACACAUACUAUCUGCUGUAAUUGUGUCAUGCAGAAUGUGCCUAGGAAAAUUCACAACCUCUAGAUUUGUAGUGCUGUGUAGAUUUUAUAAAGAAUGCGAUUAGUGCCAAAAAGGUUUCCUAGAAAAUAAAUAUUUUAUAAAUAUUGU